AUGCCCAAGUGCUGCUGUAAUCUCGCGAGGAGAGGGAAAGCCAGCCAGAGGGGGCAUGACCGCAACGAUUCCAUAAUAUUUAGCCAUAGACGAACAUCCAAGAAUCAGGCUAAGAAGAAAUCAAGGAUGAAGGGUUGUGAGACGGAGCUCAGCUUUGGGAAACUGGGCCUCAACAUUGCUGCUUCAGCCGCUGUGCAGGCUGCCACCAAGAGUCAGGGUGCACUGGCCGGAAGGCUGCGGAGCUUCUCCAUGCAGGACCUGCGCUCCAUCCCCGAUGACCCUGCUCCCACCUACCAGGAUCCCCUCUACCUGGAGGACCAAGUCCCUCGCCGCAGGCCACCCAUCGGGUACCGGGCAGGGGGCCUGCAGGACAGUGACACCGACGAUGAGUGUUGGUCAGAUACCGAGGUAGUCCCCCAGCCACCUGCCCGGCCCCGAGAGAGACCUCUGAGCCGCAGUCAAAGCCUGCGUGUGGUCAAAAGGAAGCCGCUGGCGCAGGAGGGUACCACCUCGCGCUCCCUGAAGGUUCGGACAAGGAAGAAGACCAUCUCUUCGGACAUGAACAGCUAGGGUCUGUGGAGCCUGGUCCAGUCUUACCUCUCUUGCCUUAUGAGACGCUG